AUGGCACCACACCUUGACGCACCAUCUCCUAGUGGAAGCUUCGCGGUUAGCUUCGACGGAAUCCCAUUUCGACCUGCUACCUCUUCAGACGCAGUGACAGGCUCUCUAGCACCUGCCGAGUCACACUCCUCGUUUAGUAGCUUCUUCGAGAGCGAGUCAGUAGAAGAGGAUUUCCGUAUAACAAGGCCACUGGUACCAGGCGUUUAUGUACCAACCCUUUGUUUCUUCGACCCAGAGACCGAGGACGUUGACAUCAAUACUAUCGCUCGCCAUGCUGUACGACUUGCCGAAGCUGGCGUGACGGGCCUUGCCACUCAAGGCUCUAACGGCGAAGCUGUUCACCUCACACAUGCUGAGCGUCAACUUGUCACUCUCGCCACACGCAAAGCAUUAAACGAAGCUGGAUUUUCGCAUAUCCCAGUUAUUGUCGGCUGCGGCGCUCAGAGCACUCGUGAGACUAUUCAGUACUGUCGCGAGGCAUGGGAAGCAGGGGGUGAUUACGCCCUUGUGCUACCCCCAUCAUACUACGCGCCCUUGUUUGCCCCAUCAUCUCGGACCAUCGAGCAGUACUUUACAACCGUUGCCGAUGCGUCCCCGAUACCCCUCAUCAUAUACAACUUUCCAGGCGCUGUUAAUGGUUUGGACUUAUCAUCCGACGUAAUCGUUAAGCUAGCACAGCAUCCCAAGAUUGUCGGCGUCAAGCUGACGUGCGGCAAUACGGGCAAAUUGAACCGUGUAGUAGCUGCCACACGGUCGCAAUCUAAGGACUACGACCCGGACAACCCCGAAUUCCUGGUCCUGGCAGGCUCAGCCGACUUCUCGAUCCAGUCCUUAAUCGCAGGAGGACACGGCAUAUUAGCAGGUCUCGCAAACAUCGCACCGAAGGCCUGUAUUAAGACUAUCGAGUUAUAUAACGCAGGCAAAUACUCCGAGGCCCAGAAAAUUCAAGAGAUCGUAUCACGAGGCGAUUGGACGGCCAUCCAAGGCGGCGUCUUGAGUGUUAAGGCAGGACUCCAAGCGUGGUCGGGUUACGGCGGUUUCGCACGAAGCCCACUCCCAAGGCCGACUCCCGAACAAAGCAAAUCGUGGAAAGAGGGAUUUAAAGAACUAAUGCUACUGGAGAAAUCUAUGACAGGUUGCUGA